AUGAGGACCACAGUUUGGAUUCCCAGCAUCCAUGAAGAAGCUGAUUGGACGUGGCAGCCCACCUGUAACCCCAGAAUGUGGGGAGCGCAGACCGUGGGCGAACAGUCAGAAGAAGGUGUGGCUGUAGAUGGUGUGGGUGUGGCUGUAGGUGGUGUGGGUGUGGCUGUAGGUGGUGUGGGUGUGGUUGUAGAUGAUGUGAGUGUGGUUGUAGAUGAUGGUGUGGGUGUGGUUGUAGAUGGUGUGGGUGUGGCCGUAGAUGGUAUGGGUGUGGUUGUAAAAGGUGUGGGUGUGGCUGUAGAUGGUAUGGAGGAAGGUACGCCUCAGGUUGGAUUCAAGAAUCAGAACGGGAAGCACAGAACCUGGCGGCCUAACCACCAGCAAGCCUUCCCUGGGAGCCUUUGCGAGGGAGAAGGUUUUGCAUUUUGGAGGAAACUGAAGAUCCAGCAGAAUUAUAAGAAAUUGCUAUGGAAGGUAAAGAAGGUGCCAGCAUCCCAGGAUUCCCAGUUCACGGAUCAUUACCCAGAGCAUCUGAAACACCUCUAUUUAGCUGAAGAAGAAAGACUCAGGAAACAGCAGAGAAAGGUUGGCCUGCCUGGGUCAGAAGAACAGGCUGACCAGCCCUUGCCGGAAGAGGGGUACAACUCUGAGCAAAGUUGGAAGAACGAACAGUCUAGUGAUUACCAGCGUCAGCCGGAACCACCGUGUACACCACAUUCUGUUACUAUUCCACAGAUACAAGCAAAGCGUGCUGCUGAGAAAUUCGAAUCUGAAAUGAGAAAGCAAGGAGAAGGAACUCAACGGCUCUACAACGAAAAACUGAAAGUUUUCAAAACGCUGAAUAAAAAGACCAAAAAGGGCCAGCCAAACCUGCAUUUACAAAUGGAGUACUUUCUUCAGAAAAUACAAGAAAAGAGGUAUAUUAGACAGACUGUCUGUAGGGAUUAA